AUGGCCAAUAAUAGUUUCCCAGGGGGCUUCCUCCUUCUGGGCUGCUCUGAGUGGCCUCAGCUGGAAAUGGUUCUCUUCUGGGUUGUGAUCCUCUUGUACACCAUAAUCAUCAUCACCAACUCAGCCAUCAUCUUGCUCUCCUGCGUGGACCCUCAUCUCUACACCCCCAUGUACUUCUUCCUCAGCAAUCUCUCCUUCCUGGAUCUUUGCUUCUCCACAAAUGCUGUGCCCCAGAUGUUGUCCAACCUGUGGGGGCCAGACAAGACCAUCACCUACACAGGCUGUGUCCUCCAAGUCUGUGUGUUGCUCUGUCUUGGGGCCACAGAAGGCGUCAUGCUGGUGGUGAUGGCCUUUGACCGCUAUGUCGCUAUCUGCCGGCCCCUGCACUACACCAUCAUCAUGAACCGUCCACUGUGCUGGAAGCUGGUGCUCACGGCCUGGCUGUGUGGCCUGCUGGAGUCUGUGACCCAAACCCCCAUCACAUUCCAGCUGCCCUUCUGUGCCCACCACCACCUGGAUGACUUCCUGUGUCAGGUGCCUGCCCUCAUACGCCUGGCGUGCACAGACACCUCAGCCAGUGGGUUGCAGAUGACCAUCUCUGCUCUCCUCUUCACCGUCGUGCCAGUGGGGUUGAUCCUGACUUCCUACGGCUUCAUAGCUCAAGCCUUGGGGAAAAUCCAGUCUGAGGAGGGAAGGCAGAAGGCCAUCACUACCUGCUCCUCCCACCUCACCGUGGUCAUCAUAUUAUAUGGGACGGUGGCCAUGAUAUACACAGACCCUGAGAACCAACUUGCUUCAAAACAUGGCAAGUUCUUCACCUUCUUCUUCACUGUGGUUACACCACUGCUGAACCCCCUCAUCUACACCCUGCGGAACAAAGAGGUGAAGGGAGCCCUGCAAAGACUCCUGAGGAAGGGGGACAGCAUGAGGGGAAAGAAGAAUGUGAUAUUUUGA